GCUCCAUGCAUCUUUCUUGAAUAUUAAAAACAUGACACAUCGUUUUCUAUUACAGUCUUGGAUAUUCUUUUUUACUUCCUAUCAAGCCAUCCUACUAUACAAGAAAAGGGUGAUCGAUUUCAUCGUGAUUAUUUUGUCGAGGGGUUUCGUAAUCGGAUUCUGCCAACUGCACUCACCACCUUUCCCCCGCUUUACUUCAACUCACCUGCCUUUUCACCACAAACGUCAAAAGAAUGGUCGGCAGAAAGAUUUUUGGCUAGAUCAAAGAAAAGGCUUUUGGCCCAUCAAUCGACGAUGACGAACCAGAGACUAUCGGAGACGCUUGCGACAUUUGUCACUGGAAUGGACAAAACAACUAUCGAGUAUCCGGCAUCGACCGACUUCGCGAAACGAGGCGAUCACUGCAGCUUCAACCAGGGCAACGGACACUUGAAUUGUCUCGUUCAGCAAGAGAACGUGGUUGUAUCUGCUGUUCCAUCUUGUGGCAGCUCAUGGACAAGAGUCUGCUCGGCGAGCUGCACGAUGCAGAGAUUUCUAUCUGCCUGUCUUCGGCUGGCCACUUCACCAUAGAAUGGAGAUAUCACUUUAACGACUCCGUUACUCAGAACUGGAUGUUUGCUCUGCCGGAUCGCUGGGAAGAAGCAGUGAAAGUUGUCGCCAAGAAGCACAGGUGGAUGUAUCUUCCGCUGUACAACAUGCAGAAAGAAACCACACUCAGCCGCGAUACUUCGUCGGACAAAUGCCUCUCAUGGGCCAAGGCGCAGCUGGACAAAUGCGUCAAACACCAUGAUCACUGUGCAGCCACGACUAGCGGCUUUCUGCCAACGCGGCUUAUCGAUGUACAGCCAAUAGGGCCAGAUGGUGAUGUUGUUCUUUGCAACGGAACCGAUAUCCAAGCUGGAUCUCCGUAUGUGGCCCUGAGCCACUGCUGGGGACCCAAUGGCAGAACCGAGAUCAAGUGCCGAACGGUGUCCGGCAAUCUUUCCUCACAGCUCUAUAGAAUCUCUUGGUCUUCAUUGUCGCAGACAUUACAAGAUGCGGUCAACUUCACCCGCAGACUCGGCAUGCGGUUCUUGUGGAUCGAUUGCAUAUGCAUCAUACAGGAGGACAAACAUGACUGGCAGAAGGAAGCGCCGCGAAUGUUUGAUGUAUACCACAACGCCCGAUUGACUCUUGCAGCUCAUCACGCGAGGACCAGCCUCGAAGGGCUAUACUCAAAGUCCACAUCUGAAAGAGAGACUCACAUUACUCUCCCACCAAAAGUAGCGGACGAGAUGAUGAAAAGAGACAGCGGCGGCAUAGAAGGGGGCCCAAUCGAAAUGAUUGGUUUGCAGAUGGAUCCGAUAUGUCCAUUUCGCAGCAAUGCAGAAGACAAUUCCGAGUUGAUAAGCUUCGAAGCCCCCUUGAAGAAUAGCGACCGAGAUCACUACGAUUUCUGGGCCGCUAUUCACCAGGGCCUGGACAUUUCAGGAACGCCUCGUAUCACGCCGCGUGCUGGUGUUUACAGCAAACGACCUUGCGUGGGAAUGCAACACGAUGCCGACUUGCGAAUGUAAAAGAAACGACAUGGAUAGCUCAAUCAAGUCAGAUUACAGCAAGACACUUGAGGGAACAACCUCCAAGUGGUACA